AUGCCUAAAGCUGAGAAUAUACAGAAACGUAAAAAAGUCAAAGAAUGUCAAUAUAAAAGACAAAUACCGGCUUCAUUAAGCAAGCGGAGUACUUGUGCACAAGAAGACGAGAAAAAUGAUGGUACUGAUGUUAGUGAUAGUGUCGAUACUGACUCGGAUGACACUGAUAUUGACAUGUCAGCAUUUGAUCGACAUAAGAUUCGAUGGUCAAAAAAAACAAAAUUCGAACCAUAUCUACCUAUUUUUGAUGGUGAGUUUACGUUGAAAGAUGAUAUUAAUUUGCCGAAAUAUCGAUCACUGUAUGAUUUUUUCAACUUAUUUUUAACAACAGAAAUUGUUGAUUACAUAGUUGGACAAUCAAAUUUAUAUCGGACACAACAAAAUUUCAAACGAGAACCGAUGACCCAUUUAGACUUGUAUCGUUUGAUUGGGUUUUUGUUUUAUGCAUCAUUGAUUAAAUUGCCUUCCAAACCAGAUUAUUGGUCGGCUGCAUAUGGUUGCGAAACAGUAAUCAAAAAUAUAACAAGAAAUUGGGUAGAAGAAUUAUUGCGUUCAUUACAUUUUGGUGAUAAUACUCUUCGAACAAACCUUGAUGAUAAAAUACAACCGUUGAUUGUAUUAUUUAAUGAUCGGUGUGGUUCGAUGGUGAACCAGGAACAAUGUAUCUCGAUUGAUGAACAAAUGGUAGGGUAUAAAGGUGCCAAUGCAUGCACGCUUGUUGUACAACCGGUGGCAUCAUCUCAUACAACAGCUUCAUAUUCACAUCAGACACGUUCAACGCAUCAAAAUAAUGAGAAUGAUGAGAAAUCAGUCGAACGAUGUGAUGAUAUAAAACGUUAUGGUAAAUCAGGCAUGGUUGUACUUGAUUUAUUAGAAGGCGUGCCGAAAGGUUCACAUGUUUUUGUUGACAAUUAUUUUGCAUCGACAGCAUUAUUACAUCAAAUGACCACACUUGGUUAUGGAUUAACAUGUACAUUAAAAUCCAGUCGUAUUGGAAAUUGUCCAAUUGAAUCAGAAAAAAGUAUGAAAAAACAUUCUCGGGGUUAUUAUGAUUAUUUGGUAUCAAAUGAUAAAAAUAUGAUAUUAGUGGCAUGGCAAGACAAUAGACGUGUACUUAUGGGGUCAAAUUUUGUUGGUGUCGAGCCAGUUAUACAAUUGUCAAGAUGGAACAAACAAAAACAUAAAAAAACAAAUGUUGAUGCACCACAAAUAGUGAAUAUAUAUAAUCAACAUAUGGGCGGCGUCGAUACGGUCGAUAUGUUGUGUGCGUUACAUCCCAUACCAUUUAGAUCGAAAAAAUGGUAUAUGCGUAUUGCAUGGAGAAUAUUUGAUUUGAUGGUGAUCAAUGCUUGGGUUUUAUGGAAACAUGUGACACCAAAUGAUGAAAGAACUUCGAGAAGUUCACGUUUGUUUUCUUUUAAAAUGGCAAUUGCAAAUUUAAUGUUGCAAGAACCAACAGCAAUUGAACGUCGAAUAUCAAAAGCAUUAGCUUGGCAACAUUCAUCAUCAGAAUCAGACAAUGAUGGAAAUAAUUUCAGUCAACCAAAACGCAAAAAACGAGAAUCUGCAUUGAAUGUCUCAAUUAUAUCUCGUUUUGAUGGUUUAGAACAUUGGCCACAACUUCAACAAAAUGUGCGUCUUCGAUGUAAAAAUGAAGCUUGUAAAUUGAAAACAAAUGUAUUUUGCUCGAAAUGUAAAGUACAUUUAUGUCUGAACGUGACACGUAAUUGUUUUAAAGAGUAUCAUAGUAAAAAAUAA